AUGGGGAAACAAUAUUUACUUUAUAUGGUUCAGGUUCAUUUGAACUUUAGAAGAGCCGAAUUAGAAUCAUUAGCUGAUCUAUUUGGAAUCACAUCCAUCAACUUCGAUAAUUAUUCAGAAGACUCGCCAUUUUUUAAGGUAGAACUGGAUAACGAUGAGCAAGCUAGAGAUUGGAUCAAAAGAUCAAUAUUGACAAGAGCUAUUUACGAAUACUGGGGUGAAGGUGAAAAUAUGGAUCAAUUGCAUACUUCUAUACAAAAUCAACCAUUUUAUGAAGAGAAUAAAGAAAAAUUUGCUAAUGAUACAUUUAAAUUUGACUUUGAAUCUUAUAGAGGUUAUGGUAAGUUUGAUAGAGUAAAACAAAUUGAAUCUUUUGGGUAUUUGGCUUUUAAAGGUAAGAUUAGAAUGAAGAAUCCACAACAAGUGUAUACUUUAAUUGAUGAAUAUGUGCCAAUUUCGGAAAACAUUGGUGGCAUAGUCCCAAUUAAAUAUUAUUUUGGUAGACUAAUUCAACAUGGUAAUAGACAAGCUGUUGAAAAAUAUGAUUUAAAGAAAAGACCAUAUAAGGGAACAACAAGUUUCGAAGCAGAAUUAUCACUAGUUAGUGCGAACAUUGCUCAGGUAAAACCUGGUACUUUCAUGUAUGAUCCAUUUGCAGGGACAGGUUCUUUCUUGGUAGCUGGUGGCCAUUUUGGUGCUUUGGUCAUUGGCUCAGAUAUAGACGGAAGAAUGAUUAGGGGAAAAGGUGCCUCAGUAGAUAUUGGUUCAAAUUUCAAGAAAUAUGGCGAAAGUGAAAGAUUUUUGGAUGUCCUAACAAUGGAUUUCACACAUAAUGCAUUGAGAUCAAACUUAGUUUUUGAUACUAUUUUAUGUGAUCCUCCAUAUGGUAUUAGAGAAAGUAUAAAAGUGCUAGGUGCAAAAGAUCCUGAAAAAUUUAUAGGGAAAGAGAAUGUAGAAAUUGAUGGAGAAAAGGCAUUCUUGAGAAAAGAUUAUAUUCCUACCAAAAAACCUUAUUCCCUAGAUAGUCUUUUGGAUGAUCUGUUGGAAUAUGCUUCUCAACGAUUACCAAUAGGAGGAAGAUUAGCAUUUUGGAUGCCUACUGCUAAUGACGAAGAUGUAGAAACUGUUAUUCCUUUGCAUUCAAAUCUGGAAUUGAAAUAUGAUUGUGUCCAAGAAUUUAAUAAAUGGUCUAGAAGAUUGUUGGUUUAUAUAAAUAGAGGCAAAGGUUAUGACGGUACCACAAAUUCAGGUCUACAGCGAUCAACCGCCAACUUUAGAGACAGAUAUUUUACUAAUUUUAAUCAGAGCCAAAAAUAA